AUGCCCGAGCCGCCUAGUUCCGGAUCCCCACGCGUGGUCAUAUUCCUUGACGGCGACGAAGACGGCAGAGGAGGAGGCGGUCGCUGCUGCGCGCGGGAGGAGGGCGCCGCGAUCUCCGUCGGCGGCGUGGGACGCAAGCUCAUCAAGCCGGAGCUCGUCGACGGCGUGGGACGCAACCGGGAGGUUCCGGGGGCGCGGGAGCGCGCGCUGGCGGCGAUCUCGCCGCUGACGCAAAACCCCCGCUACCCGUCCUCGCGGCUGCCGGUCGCCGCCGCCCGCCCCUCCGGCCGCCCUCAGGCAGAUAUCAUCGAAAUCUCCGACGAUGACGGCGACGUAGACGACGAUUGUGAAUUCCGUGGUGGGAUGCAGCUUGAGAAAGUCCUGAUGAACGAGGGGAGCGGCAAUGGAGGGAGGCGCGUCAAGGAAAAGCCUUUCGACGAUUUGGGCUGCAAUCGGGUUCAUUCAGCAGCGCCAGGUAGUUCUACCGCGAAGAGGAAGCGGAAGAGAGAGUCCCCCGGCAAAUACAAGGCUGAUGCGCGCCGCAGCCAUCACGUGGUCGCCCAGAAUUCGGGCGCUCCAGGGGCUGGCCGUGACGCCGCAAGGUUGGCCGAUGAGGCCAGGAGCCCCAGGGAGAGGAAGAAUUGGAAGAGCGGAGAGGCAGACAGGGGAUGUGCAGGUGACCGGUCGCUCUCUGGCUCGGCCAAGGAGGCUCUCGUGUCCAGCGAGGAAUCUAGGGGUGCUCCCAGCAAGGCGAGGCUUGGAGGGGGUACGAGAUCAAGCGGCGAGAGGAAGCACGGUGCUGCGCCGGUGAACUUUGUCGGCGCCACGGUCGGGUCGAGGAUCCGGUCACGAGCGCGUCAGCAGGGGAGAGUACAAUAUGCUACGUGUUCUGCUCGGGUGGCGUCUGACGACAGGGAGCAGGUUCAGGCUGAGAGGGGAGAAGAAGUGGAAGUGGAUGAUGAUGACACUGGAGGUGACGAUGGAGUUGCCCAAGAUAGUGAGCGGGAAGAGGAUGCGGAGGGGGAGAAGAGGGAGGAUGGCCAUGGUGAUAGCGAGGAUGAAUGCAGAGAAGGCAAAGAUUCUGCUGAUGCUGCUGAUGGUGAUGAUGAUGAUGAUAAGGUGGAGGAGGAGGUAGGGGAGAAGGAUUUGGACGAGGAAGGUGGCAAUCAAGAAGACAGCCAUAGCAUCUACGAAGACAAAACCAUCGGCAAGGGUAUUGAAGGGCGGACACGAUCAAAGACAAAAUGCAAUGACAAGAAAUUGCUCAGGCGCGGAACGUACAGCAAGCCUUACUGUAUUGAUCUGAGGGACUCGACAUCGGAGUCGGAAGAGGAUAUACCACCGCCGGUGCAGCCGCGAGGGCUACUGUCAUCAAGUGAGGAGUAUGAGGAACACAGCAGGAAGUGCAUAAGAGCAAGAAAGAAGAGGCAGUUCAAGGGACCAAUUGCCAGUAGUGAUGACUCUGAGAGGGAGAGAGCAUUUGCAAGGUAUGUCGGGGAGGGAUCUUCUCGCAAGCCGAAGGGGGCAUCCAAUCAGCAGGCUGUCAGGGAAGGUUGCAAAAAUUAUCUUGGUUCCAGUCCAGGGUAUGAUGGUUCCAAUCCAGGGCAUGUCAAACGCAAUGGUCCAAAUGUAAAGGGACCAAUGAACAUAUCCAAUGCACAGGAUGAUCUUUCCUUCAAAAAAAAUGCGCACAUUGCUCAGUUGAGGAAGCGCUGUCGAGCAUCUAGAGCCAAGGCUGCAUAUGAUGAACUACUCAACUCUUUGUUUGCUGAAUGGGAGAACCAUACUGAUGAUUCUGAUCCUGCACAUGUACAAAGUGGCGUCAGCUUGCCGGUGGUAUUCUCGUUUGGGGACGAGGACGAAGUGGUAGAGAAAUCAGAAAAUGGUAAGUUUCAGAAAGAACUGUGGAGGGAAUUCGACGUUGCCUUGGAAUCCAUCGAUAUUGGUUCUCACGGCUGUGAGGUGGGUGAAAUUACUGAUGGGCAAAAGGGUCCUCCAGGGGAAGCAACUUCAUGUAAAAAUGGGAAGCAUGAUUUCACUAUUGAUGAGCAAAUAGGAGUUUGGUGCAAGCAUUGUAAUGUUGUUGAUCUUGAAGUCAGAUAUGUUCUGCCCUCUAUGGGUAAAAUUCCUUCAGAAAGGGAACCGACAAUAAAUCCUGAGUUGGACUCGAUGUUUAAGGAAAUGCUCACUCUUUUCGAAGAAAAUGAUUUGCUCGCAUCGAAUGACAAUGAAGGAUCAUGCAGUUUUGGUGCUCGCAAAGCUGGUUCAGUCUGGGAUCUCAUUCCUGGAGUCAAGGAAGACAUGUUCCCGCACCAGCAGGAUGCAUUUAAAUUCAUGUGGGAGAAAUUGGCAGGAAGUACUCAAAUUGAACAGCUGAAGGGCACCAUGAACAUUGAUACUGGAGGUGGCUGUGUGAUUUCUCAUGCCCCUGGGACUGGCAAGACCCGACUAGCAAUCACAUUUGUUCAAUCCUACCUCGAGCAAUUCCCGCAGAGUAGGCCGGUGAUCAUUGCUCCAAGGGCGAUGCUGGCAACAUGGGAGCAGGAGUUCAGAAAAUGGAAGGUGAAGGUCCCAUUUCAUGUUCUAAAUUCCACUGAGAUCAACUGGAGUGAAGACAAGAUCAUCCAAGAACAGGUUGAAAAGAAUGGAACAUUUGCUCGGAGGUUAUUGACAGAUAAAAUGAAUCAAAAUUAUAGGCGACUGGUCAAGCUAGGGUCUUGGAUGAAUGGUACUAGCAUAAUUGGUGUGAGCUACUCGCUUUUCAGGAAGCUAGCGAAUGAUGGAGGCAUGGAUGGGCAUAAGGUGAGGAAGGUGCUUCUUGAGAAACCCGACUUGCUUGUCCUUGAUGAAGGGCACACACCAAGGAACAAGAAGAGUCUUAUCUGGAAAGUUCUUGCAAAUGUCCGCACCGAAAAGCGAAUAAUUCUAUCGGGGACUCCAUUCCAAAACAACUUUGAGGAGCUUUAUAACACCCUGUGCCUGGUUAGGCCAAAGGAUGCAAUACUUCUGGAGAAGGACGAAGGCAAGGAUUUCUGGACCUCUUUAAGAUUAAGUAACAUCACAAAGGCAAACAUAGAGAAAAUCCAGAAAAAACUGGACCCAGUUGUGCACAUCCAUAAGGGUAACUUCCUUGAGGAGUCUCUCCCAGGACUGAGAGAAACCGUUGUGAUUCUGAACCCUCUUCCUCGUCAGAAGGAAAUCAUCGCAAUCAUAGAGAAGACUGCAGAAAUGGGCACUCUUGAUGGAGAAUACAAGAUCUCGCUUGCAUCAGUGCACCCAUCCCUCAUCAUCUGCGCAAAGCUGUCUAAGAAAGAGGCAUUUCUGGUGGACAAUUCUUUGCUAGAGAGUCUACGGUUGAAUCCCUGUGAAGGGGUUAAGACGAGGUUCGUUUUGGAGAUUGUCCAUCUAUGUCAAGUGCUAAACGAGCGAGUGUUGGUGUUCAGCCAAUACCUUGAACCAUUGUCCUUGAUCAUGGAACAGCUGAAAACAAAGUUCAAUUGGACUGAAGACAAAGAGAUCCUGCAAAUGAGUGGAAAUGUCCUGGUUAAAAAUCGCCAAGCCAUGAUGGAGGCCUUCAAUAACAUGAAGAGCGAGGCCAAGGUAAUGCUUGCAUCAACCAAGGCCUGUUGUGAGGGCAUAACACUUGUUGGGGCAUCACGUGUGGUUCUCCUUGAUGUCGUGUGGAACCCUUCCGUCGGAAGGCAAGCAAUCGGCCGAGCUUACAGAAUUGGCCAGAAGAAGAUUGUGUACACGUACAAUCUGAUUGCAGACGGCACGAAGGAGAUGGAGAAAUACAAUAGACAAGCGAAGAAGGAACACAUGUCCAAAAUGUUGUUUUCAAAUGAACCGCAGCCUGGAGGAUGCAACAUGUCACCAGAAUCAACACUCAAUGACAUGAUUUUGGGAACAAUGACUGCACGUGAAGACCUCAAAGAAUUGUUUGUAGAGAUUCGCAUUGAAAAUCAAACUGAUGGAUCAAUCAAGUUCUGA